CGCGCACCGGUCCGGAUGCCUUGCCUAUGUUAGGAUAGUAGAUGGUACUCGCCGCCCACUGGGUUACAAUGCCUACAGGGGUCAACAAUAUUGCUACGGCGUCAUGAAGACUGUUGAGUGCGUGUCCCGAUGGGAUCCGUACGGUAAACGUUUCGCACCGGCGCGAAUACGUCGACUAGGGUCUACGAGAUUUCCAGUGUUUUGGUAAUGGCGUUCGACAAUAACAACAAUAAUAAUGUUUGUGAUCUGUAUAGAUAUAGGUACUAUAUCUAUAGAUCUUUAAUCUUUAUAGUUUAUGAUAUAUUGUCAUAUUGAUAUAGUAUAGUAUAUUAUAUUAUUAUACAUGAUAAUAUGUGUAUCGCAAAUCUCGUAGUAUUUCGUUGAGAACUUGUAACUUGUAAGUUCUAUGUUAAAUACGAAAUCAUAGCAAGCAUCUAUGGUAACAAUCUUUGCCUUGCUGACAUCAAAAACUUGGCUGUCAUCAGGGUCAUCACUGUGAUUCAAGAUUCUAUUCGUCGAUGGAAAAAAUUAAAACCGUUGAAACCACAAUAGAUCCAGUCGAAUUUCCAUUUGUUAUGGCCAUCCACCGUUGAAUCACACGUUCGUGUGCUACUAAGUUAGUAGUUACCAAACGACCGACACUACUAGCAGGUAUUUUGAUCGACCAAUGAGUCUGUCGGUAUCACCUUUGGACGGAUUGAAAGAAUAUAAAAUAGAGUUGAUGUACGGCGCUUAAAGUGCAAAUUUAUAUCUUAAUACCUAUAUCUACGAAAAAUUAUAAGAUGUGUUCAAAUAAAAAUACACCUAGAAUCAUGGUUUUCAGACCAACAUGGAGUGAAUUUCAAAAUUUUAGUAGCUACAUUGAGUUCAUGGAAUCACAAGGAGCACAUAAGGCUGGUGUUGCAAAAGUUAUCCCACCACCUGAAUGGAUACCAAGAAAAAGGAGUUAUGAUGAAGAUGAUAUUAUGAAUUUGAAAAUUCCAGCUCCCAUCUGUCAAGUUGUACAAGGUAAACAAGGUCUUUAUCAACAACUUAAUAUACAAAAAAAACCUAUGACUGUAGCAGAUUAUAAAAUAAUGGCAGAGUCUGAUGAAUAUAAGACGCCUAACCAUUUUGAUUACGGAGAUCUUGAAAGAAAAUAUUGGAAAAACAUUAUUUACAAAUCCCCAUUAUAUGGUGCAGAUGUAUCUGGAUCAAUUACUGAUAAAGAUGUUAAUGUUUGGAAUAUUAACAAGCUGGGUACAAUAUUGGAUUAUGUAAAUGAAGAUUAUGGUAUUAGUAUUGAAGGUGUCAAUACAGCUUACCUAUAUUUUGGUAUGUGGAAAACCUCAUUUGCAUGGCAUACUGAAGACAUGGAUUUAUACAGUAUAAACUAUAUACAUGAAGGAUAUCCAAAGACAUGGUAUGCAAUACCCCCAGAACAUGGUCGCCGCCUAGAAAGAUUGGCUUCUGGAUUUUUUCAAUCUGAUGCUUCAGCAUGCCCUGCAUUUCUUAGACAUAAAAUGACUGUUAUAUCCCCUCAUAUGUUAAAACAAUAUUCCAUACCGUUUAAUAAAAUAACACAAGAGCAAGGUGAAUUUAUGAUAACUUUCCCUUUUGGCUAUCAUGCUGGUUUUAACCACGGCUUUAAUAUGGCAGAAUCGACAAAUUUUGCAUCACCCCGUUGGGUGGAGUAUGGGAAAAGAGCUUCACAGUGUCAUUGUCGACCAGAUUCAGUUAAGAUCAGUAUGGAUACAUUUGUUAAACGUUUACAACCUGAAAAAUAUGAGGUAUGGCUUCAAGGCAAUGAUAUUGGUACUCAUCCGGAAGAUCCUUCUCGUACCUUAGCAGCACCCUUGCCUAGAGCAUGUGACUUAUUAUGUAAUAAGAACAAUACAGGUAUUCCAAAACUUUAUAUUGAAGCUGGUAGAAAACGUCAUCCUGUCACACAUAAACUUUCAGAUUCUGAAUUGUCUAAUGAUACAACACAUGGAAAUAAAGCUAUGGAUCUUUCUAUGUCAACGAGUGUACAAGAGUUUGAUGUAAAGGAAUAUGUUGAUGAUCUCAAUGAUGAACAGAGAGAAGUAAUGGAAGAUAUAUGGCUAAAAGCUGAUGAAAUGGAUGUCACUGAAGUAUCGUAUAAUAAAGGAAGAUCUAGACUUUUGAAUAAAAAGCAUUCAGUCUUGGAAGAUGUAGAAUUUACAAGUGACAGUGAUUAUUGUGAUAGUUCAGAAAAAAGAAGGGCCAAGAAAAGAAAGUCUAAAAAACGAGAAACCAAAAAGAAUCCAAAAUCAAAAAAAAAUAAAACUUCUAAAUCGACCAAGAAUAAAAAUGUUGCUUCUAAUGAAACAAUUAACCAUACAGAUUCAACAAACAUUAGCUUCAAAGGAAAUGAUAAUAGUAUUACAGAAUUAUUAGAUGUAACGCCUAUAAAUACUGAAAGUCUGAAUUCUAUGAAUAUUAAUAGAAUUACUGAAGAGUCUCGGGUGAAUAAAUAUCUCAAAAAAAAUAUUAAAGAUCCAACAGUUUUCAACAAUACCUUGAAUGAUUGUUUAUCAUCUAAAAAAGGUGACAGUGUUAAUAACAACGGGCAUUCAAAUGUAGUUAUAAUAAAACCGUUAUUACCAAUUAAAUCAGAAAUGCCACAAAAUUCAUCUCUUAUCAAUAUAACUACUCAUAUUAAAUCGAAAAAUCAACCUUAUAUGCCAACAGUAUUUUUAUCUCCAACUAUAGAAAUAAUAGAUAUGAAAUCUACACGAAAAUUUUAUCAACCGACUCUUGAACCUAUACAGAUUAAGGAUGAAGAAGAAUAUAUAAUUGAUGGUAUACCAAAUAACAUAGGUGAUAUGGUAAACAAUUGUUGCUCAUUUGAGGUUGAGCAACUGUAUAAUGUUUUUAGAAGUAUGAAUGAACCACAUUGUUCAUUAUGUAUGAUGUUUAAUCGUAAAAAGUUAACUUUCAACUUGGAUUGGCGAACCAAAGCAAAAUCUUUUAUGCAUCCAAAAUUACCCAACUUACAAAGCCCUAGCAAAGCGUUAUUUAAACAUGCACUAUGUGGCAGUGAAAAAGUUUUUAAGGCAGAUCUCAUAAGAUGUGAAAAAUGUUAUUUGACUGUUCAUAAAGUGUGUUAUGGCAUUAAUGUAGACACAAGUAAACAUUGGUUGUGUGAUCGGUGUAUGAAAAAUGCUAUGCUUGCUGGUUGUGUAUACUGUCCAUUAAAAGGUGGAGCUCUGAAAGAAUUUAAAACCAAAGUAUGGUCACAUGCAGAAUGUCAUCUUUUUGUGCAUGGCAGUAGUCCAUUAACUAUCAAUACUUUUUCAACAGACUUUUCAACAAAUCAAAAAUGUGUAAUAUGCAAUUUAACAUCUGGCAAUUGUUUUCGUUGUUCUGAAGGCAGUUGCGAUGCUUGGUUUCAUAUUUCUUGCGGAAUAUUUGCUGGAUUUGAUUUUCGAACUGAAAGAAACAGCGAGCAUAUUUUGAUUAAUUGCAAUAAUCACUUAAAUGUUCCAAAUACACAAAAGAUAAUUCAAAUAAACCAAAAAAUAUGGGCAAGACACUGGCAACAUAAUAGGAUCUCUGAAUGUAAAAUUGUUAAAAUUGACACAAUUCCUUUAUGCGUAGUAAAAUUCAGUGAUGGCACAAUAUCAGACAGUAUUACAUUAAAAGAAAUAAAGAACAAUGCAAAUGAUCUUCCAGCCAUUAAUAAAGAAAUACAUUUAGAAUCUGGUGACAAAGGUUUAUUCCUGGGGUUGAAUUAUAAACCCACAUAUUCGGUUAUAUAUAAUGAUGGCACAUCUGGUUGCAUACAUCCUAAUGACAUAUACAGUAACGAUGAACAUCUUAUGAGCCGUUUAAAACUGCAAGCCAAACGUGGGUUAGCUAAAUAUCAAAAAGAAACGAAAAUAAUUGAUGUUUUAUAAAUAUGUUUUAUAUCAUAGUUGAUUAACUAUUUAAUUUUAAGAAUUUUAUAAAAAAAAUAUUAUAAAUUAUUUUCAUUGAUGAAAUCAUGUUAUAGCUAAUAUUAAUUUUACUUUUAUUGUAAAAAAUUAACAUGUUUAUUAUAGAACUUAAAUUAUUAAUUAGUCAUUUUCAUUUAUAAGCAAUACAAUUUUAUUAUUAAUACUUUUAACAUAUAUAUUAAUUGUCUGGUUUUGUUCAAUAUGUUUUUUCUUUUUAAUUAUGUUAUGAUAGUAAUGUUCCUGCAGUUUUUUCGUCCUAUAAAAUUUAUUCAUUUUAUUUUAAAUGGUAUUAUGGUAACAUUUGUCUUUUUAAUAUUGUAAUAACUAAUAAUAUUAACUUUUAUUCAAAAUUAUGACAAGAUGUAUUUUUUCAUCAACUUAAUAGUUCUAAGAAAAAUUAAUAGUUCAGUAUGACUAUAAUGUACAGCCUUAUAAUUAUUUUAUCAAAGUUUGUGUUCGUAUUGCAUUAAUUUAAAAUACUGCUCUUAACUGUCCAUGUGUUAUGUUGCACAAUAAUGUUUCUGUAUAUUUUAAGGUAAAAUAAUUUAUUUUUAUUUGAUAAUAUAAUGAGUUUCCAUGUGAUCUCACUAUCUCAGGUGGUAAAUUAUAUGUUUAAAAUUUGUUAGCUAUGUUAAUAUAUUUAUAUGAACCAGUAUACUCAUGUUACUCAAGAACUAUACUUGACUUGAGUGAAGUUAGAAAAUCAAUAUAAUUAUUAAUUAUUCUAUUAGUAGACAUAAGAUAAAAUUAUGUAUUAUUGAUUUUUAUUUGUAAAUUUGUUUAACUUAUUGUUUGCUAUGUUAAUAAGUAUCUACUUGUAUAGUUGUGUGUGUCUUGUGUAAUAUGAAUUUUUUUUUGUGUUCAAUUAUUGUAAAAUAACAUAAAGAAAACGCUUAAAUAAAUGAAAAAGAAGUAAAACCAA